AUGGCAUCUAAUCCCAAGGCCGACGAGCCACAAGACAACAACCAGCAGCUGGCAUCGCUUUCUUCAUUGCCUCACGAGAUAGUUCUAAGCUGCUUAGCCCGCGUUCCAAGAAGCUGUCACCUAAACCUCACUCACGUCUCAAAAACCCUAAGGUCCCUUAUUCGUUCCCGUGAGCUCCGAUCCCUCCUCCACAAGAAGAAUUCUCUUUAUGUAUAUCUCCACAACCCCAAGAAUAAGACCUACCACUGGCUUACUCUCCUUCACUGUGAGGAAACGAUGAUUAGUUAUCGUUUGGCUCCGAUUCCUUUCCCUUGUCAUCCUUUCAUGCGCCAUUCUUCAUCCGUAGCUGUCGGAUCAGAAAUCUACUACGUUGGCGGAUCCUUUCGGCCUUCCUCCGAUCUUUGGAUUCUCGACACUCGGUCUGGAAAGUUUCAUCAGGGACCAAGCAUGAAAGUUCCAUGCAGAGGUGUCGACACGUGGUUAGGAGUAAUCGACGGGAAGAUAUAUGUAGUCGGUUGA